GAAAGAAGUAACACCAUGUCUCCCUUCACCGUGUUCGCCCUCUGCCUCCAGCUCUGCCUGAUUCAGUCCGUGCUGAGCGGUUCAAUCAAAAGCAGCUACAGCUCCGGCAGUAGCUGCGGCUCGUACGGCGGGGAGGGCUGCGGACAGGUGGGCGCGGCCGGCAACAUCGACGCGUGCGGCAAAACCUGCGUCGAGGGCUCCGUGCCCGUGCUCGGCUCCGUCUGCUUCGGCGGCUGCGCGCCCGCCUGCGGCUCCGUCUCCAUCUGCGGAAAAUGCUGCGGAUGCGGAUGCAAGUAA